AUGACUAAGACAAUUAGCGCUGGUUGUUGUGAUGAUAAAAGUAGUAAUAGAAGUAGAAGUAGAAGUAACAAUAGUAGUAGUAAUGAUAGUAGCAGUACUCAUAAACUAGAACAUAUCAUAUUACCUUCUUCAGUGAAAGAGUUACAAAAGGAUGCUACUAAUAUUGAUUGUGACGAGAAUAAUGAUAGUAAUAUAUCUGCAAGCAUUAUACCGACAAAUCAAGAAAUAUGUGACGCAGUGCUAUUAUUAUGGCAUGAAGAGCCAAUUCAAGAAGAAAAGUCAUUAACAGAAAUACGAAAACGGAUUCAAUUGAAACAUCCAAAUUGGAAUAUAAAUAAUAUUAAGGAUUUUGAAAAGAUUCUACAAUUGAAUAACAUAUAUUCCAUUGAUGAGAAUAAUUUAUUUACUUAUGAUAAGUUAACUACUUUCAAUGGAAUUGAUUCACAGCUAAUUGAUUCUGAGUUCCCUUGUGACUUACUUGAAGUUAUGAUCGACCCUACAUGUCUUAAUAAAGGUAGAGGUCUUUAUUUGAAAAAAAAUUUGAAAAGAGGUGAAAUAAUUGCUAAAGACAUAGUGCCUAUUGUUCAAAUACCUCCAUUGGAAAAAUUAUAUUUGAUUGAUUUGGGUAAAGUUUGCUCCUUAUGUGGUACUUCAAUUAAACACUCAAAGCAAUUUAUUAUGACCCACAAUUUGGAUUGUAAUAAUUGCCAAUCUAUUUGGUGUUCGAAGUACUGUCUUAAAAAUGAUAAAACCCAUAGUUAUUUAAACCAUUUAAAAUCUAAAAUAAAAAAGGAUAAGAUUGAUCUGAAAAAUUGGAAAAUUUAUUUGAAUUUCAUUAAAAAAAAUAAUUUUCAGCCAGGGUUUGUCAUUGCUUUAAUUUAUACCUCAAUAUUAAUCGAAAUAUUGGUCGAAAAAAAUUCCAAUGAUUUAAAUGAUUCAGUAAUUUUUAAAAAAUUCAACUCCUUAGCAACAGUUUCGCAAAAGAUUCGAUACGACCAUUGUGGUUCUACAAAUAUUGGUGGGUCAUUAGAUAAGUACAAUAGAUUAUUCGAUACAACUACUGUGCUGAGUACAACGACAAAUUUAAAUUCAAAUAUUAGAAAUAAUAAACAUGACCAAAAGAAGGAAAAUAAAAUUGAUGACUUUAAUGAAUUAUGGGAAACUGCUUAUGAUUUAUUUACAAAGACGUUCCCAAGUUGUGUUAAUGAUCAUAACUUAACUUACGAAAAAUAUUUAAAUCUUAUUGGUAGAUUUAAUAUCAACCAAAUUAAUGGUCAAUUAUACCCUAUUGCUUCAUUAAUUAAUCAUAAUUGUCAACCAAAUAUUCAUAUUGAAGUCUCUGAUAGUAAUUCCUUGUCAUUAACAUUAAUCACAAGAAGAAAUAUUAACAUAGAUGAAGAAUUACUUACUACUUAUAUUAAUCCUUUACAUGGUGUCAAAUUAAGAAGAAGAGAAUUGUUAGUGAAUUGGGGGUUUUUAUGCCAUUGUGAACGUUGCGAGAAAGAAUUAAAAUCUAGAAGAUUGCUAACCUCAGAAAUUAUAAAAAACAAUGAUAAUGGAAGCACAUCAACUAAUUCAGCUGGUGAACUAUCAAUGAUUAAUACUUCUGAAAGUUCAACAAUUCCAACUCCAACCUUAAGCUCUCUUUCAAACUCUUCAACUUCGUGUAUUAUUACCCCAUCUAUCACAGUGAACUCCUAUAAUAAACCAAUUGACACACCAGCUUCUAGCAGUCUUUCCAAUUCAAAUGUGUUUAAUCCUAAUAUAGAUUCCAAGAGAAGAAAAUCCUCCAUGAGAGCUUCAAGACCAGAUAUAAAUGAGUUGCUGAAAAAUGGUGAAGAAUUUGAUUUAGAUAUUCCAGAAAGCAUUGGCUUUAAAAAUAGAAGGACUUCAGUUAGAUUUAAUAAUGAUGUUACAUUAGCAGUUGAUGAAUAA